AUGUUAGGAAUAAGUUAUAGGAACGAUCGUACUCUUGGAGUCAGCUUUAGCCCCGUAAGUGGUCUAAUUGUUGGUAUUGUAACUAUAUAUGAAAGUAUUAAUAAUGGUGUUGAAAUUGGUAUUGGUAUUUGUACUGGUAAAGGUAUUAGUAUUGGUAAUGAUACUGGUAUUGGCAUUGGUACUGAUAUUGGUAUUGGUAUUUGUACUGGUGCAGGUAUUAGUAUUGGUAAUGGUACAGGUAUUGGUAUUGGUGCAGACUUGGUGUUGGAAAAGAUUAAUAAUGAUACUGGUAUUGGUACUGAUAUUGGUUUUGGUAUUGGUAAUGGUAAUGGUAUUGGUAUUGGUACUGAUAUUGGUAUUGGAAAAGACUAG